AUGGCUACGUCUGGAGUUUCGAGCACAUCCACUUAUCAAAGUUUACCAGAAGAGAUAUUAUUUAUCGACGAUGUUACUCUUAAACAAGAGCUCGCAGAGCUUGGCGAUCAGCCUGGUCCCAUCACUGAUAUAACUAGACAUUUCUAUCAAAAACGUCUUUUGCGUUUAAAAAAUAUUACGGGGUUUUAUUUAAGAACUACCAGGGAAUUUUUCAGGAAAGCUAAUCUUGUUUCAUUGAUGCCAAAUCAGAGUGUUCCAAGAAACCAGACCUCGGAGCUGAGCAACUUAAUCAGACCGGAUUUAGAGUUUGGAGACUGGUUAAAUCGUCUGGAUACCUACAGAAGUCUGGAGAUGCAAGUAUCUCAAGAAUUCGCUUUGCCGGAUCGAACGUGGCGCGGGGGCAUAUUUAAAACGUCCUUCACCUACCUCCUGUUAGACCCGCGUAUAACGCAGGAUCUGCCGAAUCGCAGCGUCCGCCUUACGAGAUCAAAAGUCUGGUCGGACUUCCUCAAAGCCAUAUUCUACAUCG